AUGCCUCAGCUGGAGCCGGCCGGGGGCGGCGGCGGCGGCGGCGGCGACGACCUGGGCGCCCCGGACGAGCUCAUCCCCUUCCAGGACGAGGGCGACGAGCAGGACAAGGGCGCCGGGGGGCGCGGCUCGGCGCACGGCGACUUGGACGAGCUCAAGUCGUCGCUGGUCAACGAGUCGGAGAACCGGAGCGGCAGCGCCUCAGGCUCCGACUCGGAGGCGGAGAGGCCGCCUCAGCAACCCCGGGAAAGUUUCCAGAAGCCGCGGGACUCUCCAGCCGAAGUAAUCAGAAGACAGCAAGAUGGAGGCUUCUUUAAGGGACCUCCUUAUCCAAGCUACCCCUUCUUGAUGAUCCCAGAGCUGGGAAGCCCAUACCUGCCCAGUGGAACUUUGUCCCCAAGUGGUGCUCGCACAUAUCUGCAGGUGAAGUGGCCACUCCUUGAUGUACCAGCUGGAGCUACACUAAAAGAUGCAAGAUCUCCCUCUCCUGCACACUUAUCAAACAAAGUUCCUGUGGUGCAGCAUCCACAUCACAUGCACCCACUGACGCCACUCAUCACUUACAGUAAUGACCACUUCUCGCCAGGUUCACCACCUUCCCACCUCUCCCCAGAGAUUGACCCAAAGACAGGAAUUCCCCGACCACCUCACCCUUCAGAACUGUCUCCAUAUUACCCAUUGUCUCCUGGUACCAUUGGACAAAUUCCUCACCCCUUGGGGUGGCUUGUACCACAGCAAGGACAGCCUGUAUAUUCCAUUCCUCCAGGUGGGUUCAGACAUCCAUACCCUGCCUUGGCUAUGAAUGCCUCAAUGUCCAGCCUGAUGUCUAGCAGGUUUUCGCCUCACAUGGUUCCUCCUGCUGCUCAUGGACUUCAUCCCUCAGGAAUCCCACACCCCACUAUUGUAUCGCCUAUUGUUAAGCAAGAGCCCACCCAGCCAAGCCUGAGUCCUGAAGGGAACUCAAAAACACCUGUUAUUGUCAAGAAGGAGGAAGAGAAGAAACCCCACAUUAAAAAACCUCUGAAUGCGUUCAUGUUGUAUAUGAAGGAAAUGCGGGCCAAGGUGGUGGCAGAGUGUACACUGAAAGAGAGUGCAGCUAUCAACCAGAUCCUAGGAAGAAGGUGGCAUUCAUUGUCCCGUGAAGAGCAAGCCAAGUAUUAUGAGCUAGCCCGGAAGGAAAGACAACUUCAUUCUCAGCUCUACCCUACCUGGUCUGCACGAGAUAACUACGGCAAAAAAAAGAAGAGAAAAAGAGAGAAACAACCUCAGCCACAAAUCCAGGAAACAGGGAAUUCUGUGGCCUCAAAGAGUAAAAAACCUUGUGUGCCAUACCUGCCAGCUGAGAAAUCCUGUGACAGCCCUGCAUCCUCUCAUGGCAGCAUGUUGGAUUCUCCGGCCACCCCCUCCACAGCCUUGGCAUCACCUGCAGCUCCUGCUGCUACCCAUUCUGAACAGGCUCAGCCCCUCUCCCUAACUACCAAGCCUGAAGCCAGGGCCCAGCUGUCUCUACAUUCAGCUGCCUUCCUGUCCAGCAAGGCUGCCUCAUCUUCCUCUAGCUUGACUAGCCAAUCGUCACUCCUUUCCAGGCCCCUCCCAUUUACCUCCAUGCCUCCUACAGCUCUCCUGACCACGCAUCCUUCCUUUGCCGCAAUUCCGUCCCCUCAGGCUGCCUUGGCUAUGUUACAGGCUCAACCGCUUUCUUUGGUAACCAAACCAGCUGAAUGAGGAAGACUUCCCAUCCUGCCUCCCUGCUGAAACCGCAAUUGAGAUUACAAAGCAGAAAAGCCAUUUAUUGGUCAAUAUUUGACCCUUUCUGAACUCUUCCAUAAGGUGACUUUUGAGGAAGGAAGUGCUCUACUCUCAGAGUUGUUUUGAGUAGUCUGUCUAAAGACCAUUCUAUUUUAAAAAAAACAAAAACAAACAAAAAAACCCCAUUUUUUAAACAAAACUUUGAGCAGGAUGAAAACAAAAGGUGAGCCAAGUUUAGUGUUUCUGUCAGUGAGUGCCCCAUAGGCAUGCGGACUUGUACAGAUGGAUCAUCUCUCAGUGAUGUUUGCAUGUUUUGUUAUAUUGUUAUUUUUUGCUAUUCCCCAUUCCCUUGGACAAACAGUGUUUUAUUUUAUGCUAUGUACUCCAGCCAGCCUACGGAUCCAUCAUUUUGUAAAUGAUUUCUAACAUUUCCCGGAAGACACAAUACCACAGUGCCUCAAUGCCACAUUCAAACACUGCCCUUGCCUUGGGGAGGCCAAGAUAUUUUUCCUGUAAUCUGCAGUGAUCAUCCAGGAAAAUGGCAGGACAAUCCACCCUAUUUCCUUACAGAAUUAUUUUGUGUAGUGUGGAGUAGGGGAAAAGGCUUGGGGAAUUGCCUGUUACUUUAACGAAGGAAAAUAAACCUGCAUCUUAACUGUU